AUGGCGGCUCUUUCCGCGUCUUCCGCGCUGACAGCGGCUAGACUUACAUCUCUCCCAUCGGCCCAUUCUUCCUUCGCCCCGCUGCGAUCAGCGGGAAAAACUCCGCGAUUAACGUUCCGCGUACGCGCUGACGCGGCGGGGGGGGACGCGGAGCCCGCGGUCGAAAAUGCCACGGGAUCCGCGGAAGCUCCGCCGAAGAAGAAGACGAUUCGGCGCGUGAAGAAACCGGAAGGCGGAAGUGCGGCAGAUGAUUUGCUGGCGCCGGGGCGAUCAGUGGAGGAGCGCGGUGUGACUGUAGAGGGCGUGGCUAAAGUUGAUCGCGGAGAAAGCUCGUCCACGCUCGCUCGCGCGCUACUCACAGCAGGCGGGGACGCGGCGGUGCUCAUUCUCUUCGCCUACAUCGGCAGAGCCACGCACGUGUCUGCCGCCAUUGACUGGGAGCUCAUCAAAACUGCACAGCCCCUCGGGAAGGCUCUGCCCACCCACUGCUCACACCACCGCAUCCCCACCUCACCCACACUCUCUCCCCCUCGUACCCCAUACGUUCUCCCCCCCACCAGGCUGGUUUAUCUCCGCGAACAUUUUCGGCGACUACAGUGUUGGCAAGCCACCUUCGGCCACUGCUCACGCCUCAUCCCACCCACCCACACCCCUUCCCUACACACACUCUCUUCCUUCACGCACUCUCUCCCUUCACGCACUCUCUCUCUUCACGCACUCUCUCCCUUCACGCACUCUCUCCCUUCACGCACUCUCUCCCUUCACGCACUCUCUCCCUUCACGCACUCUCCCCCCACCAGGCUGGUUCAUCUCGGCCAUCACUUUCGGCGACUACAGUGUUGGCAAGCCUCUGCCGUCGCCCCUCCUGCUUACCCUUACCUUCUCCCUCUCCCCACCUUAUCGUUCCCCCCACCAGGUUGGUUCAUCUCGGCCAUCAUUUUCGGUGACUACAGCGUUGGCAAGCCUCUUCCCUCGUCGCCAGGCGACGCUGCCAAGGAGGCAGGGAAGACGUGGGCGCUGGGCGUGCCGCUAGGCAUUGCGUUCCGCAGUCUCAUCAAGGGUCAGCCACCUCAGCUGCCGUUCCUAGCAGUCGCCAUCGUCAUGACCUCAGUGCUCAUGCUCGGGUGGAGGGCUGCCCUCGCUGCUGCACUCCCGGGGGAUGGCGGGGAGAAGUCAAAGCUGGACCGCAAGGGGAGCGUCUUCGAGCUGCUGGAGUUGCUGACAUCGCUUGUCAGGCGGUGCUGUGUUUCAUUCAUGGCCGUGUCUCAAGCUGGUUCGGGCAAUGGGGGCGACACGGCGCACGAGAAGAGACUGAUAGCUGAACGUGCUCGCGCUGACGCGGAAAAGGCGAGAGCCGCGGCGGAGGAGAGGCGCGCGGAGGCUGUGAAAUUACGCGCCGAGGCGGAAAGCAAGCAGCAGGCGGCGGAGGAGAAGCAAAGGCUGGCGGAAGAAAAGCGGAGGGUCGCUGAGAAGGCGAAGGAGGAGGCGCAAGCACGGCAGGCGGAGGCGGCGGAGGCGAAGGCGGAAGCGGAGAGGAAGGCGGAAGCAGCAGCGCGGCGGAAAGCGGAGGCGGAGGCAGCCAAGGAGCAGGCUGUUGCGGCGAAUCAGCGCGCGGAGAGCGCGCGGGAGGAGGCAGAGUCGAAGAGAGAGCGGGCAGAGCAGGCGAAGGCAGAGGCUGAUGGGAAGCGGGAGCGGGCUGAGCAAGCCAAGGCAGAGGCAGACCAGAAGCAGGCGGAGGCAAUACGAGCGAGGGAGGCAGCAGAAGCGGAGAGAGCGAAGGCGGUGAAAGGAAGGGAGGCUGCGGAGAAGGCUCAGCAGGAGGCGGAACAGGCGAAGGAGGAAGCGGAGAGGGCGAGGGGCGAGGCGAAGCAGGCUCAGGAGAAGGCGGACGCUGCGCGCGCUGAUGCGGAGGUGAAGAGGGAAGCGGCUGAGAAGGCGAAGCAGAGCGUGCGGGCGCGUCAGGAGGAGUCUGCGGCGCUGAAGGAAAAGGCUGCUGAGGCGCGAGCUGCAGCGGAGAAGGAGCAUGCGGAGCUGGAGAGGCGGAAGGGCGAGGCGGAGAGCGCGCGUGAGAAGGCGGAGGCGCAGCGGAGGGAGGCUGAGGAGAAGAGGCAGCAUGCUGAAAAGGCUAAGGAGGAGGCGGAGCGGAAGAGGAGUGAGGCGGAAAAGGCGAAGGAAGAGGCUGGGAGGGCGAAGGUGGAUGCGGAGAGAGCGAGAGAGGAGGCGGCGAGGAGGAAGGAGGAGGCGGAGGGGAAGCAGGGUGAGGCGGAGAGGAAGCAGCAGGAGGCGGAGAGGUUGAGGGGGGAGGCGGAGAAGGGGAGGCUGAUUGCAGAGCAAGCGAGAGCAGAGGCGGAGCAGGCGAGGGAACGGAAGAAGGAGCUGGAGCUGAAAGCUGCGGCUAAGUGA